GAGGGAGAGUGUGUAUGUGUGAGAGAGAGAGUGAGGGAGGCAAGAUUAAGGGGUCAGUCCAGGGAUUGUCCUGGAAAGGAGAGGAGCUAUGUAUUGUGAGUGUGUCUGUGUGUGUUGUAUGUGUAUGUGUAUGAGUGUGUGUAUGUGUUGUGUUUGCUGACACUGAUUUUGAAGGUAAUUUUUAUCAUCUUGCACACAGAGGACAUCAUUUUAAUAAUCCACCCACAGCCAUGAGCCGGACCACCUUCUUUGAGAAAUGCUGUAGACCAGGUACAGGUACUAUACAGGUGGCGGUCCUGGAUGCCAACACAAGAGAGCAGAUUUGUUUUUUGGAUAAGGUGGAUCCCUACUCAACAAUAGGAAACAUCAAGUGCCUUUUUCAAAAAUCAUAUCCUCACUGGUAUCCAGCACGACAGGCCCUGAAGCUUGAUCCUAAAGGAAAAAUACUGAGAGACGAGGAAAUCUUACUGCAUCUACCUGUUGGGACCACUGCCACCAUGUUCUUCAUUGAUCUGGGUCCACAGUUAGGAUGGACAAUGGUGUUUCUGGCAGAGUACAUUGGGCCCCUUCUCACCUACCUCCUCUUCUAUUUCCGAGUACCAUACAUCUACUCACACAGAUAUGCCUCUACCUCCAGUCCCCAUCCCGUUGUCACACGAGCCUGUGCCUGUCAUACCUUCCACUACGUGAAGAGGAUGAUAGAGACUAUCUUUGUUCAUCGUUUCACUCAUGGGACCAUGCCUCUCAGGAUAAUAGUCAGGAAUUGUGCUUAUUACUGGGGUUUCUCAGCUUGGUUGGCCUACUAUAUCAACCACCCUCUUUAUACACCACCGUCAUACGGAGAAAUACAGUUCAACUACGGACUCAUCAUGUUUGUGAUGUGUGAACUGGGAAACUUCUCCAUUCACGUGACUCUGAAUAAUCUCAGAGGAGAUGGGAUCAGGGGCAGAAGGUACCCGAUUCCAACAAAGAACCCCUUCACGUGGCUAUUUCUCUUCGUAUCCUGUCCAAAUUACACAUAUGAGGUUGGAGCUUGGGUGAGCUUUUCCAUCAUGACGCAGUGUCUGCCAGUGGCUUUUUACACAUUGUUGGGCUUCAUUCAGAUGAGCAUCUGGGCCAAAGGGAAGCACAGAGCCUACAGCAGGGAGUUUAAGGACUAUCCCAGCCUCCGAAUGGCCAUCAUCCCCCUGAUUCUCUGACAGUGGCUGAAACAUGCACCACUGCAGCAUACGACGGCUGUAUAUCUACUCCCUACAGGUGUGUCACUUAGCACUGAAGCUGCUGCUGCUGAGUCCAGCACUAUGCUUUUCUUUUCUUUUUUCACUAAUGAAUGAAGUGAGAGGAGUGGGAUAGGGAGCAAUAAUAUUAUGGCAAUAUACUGGAGAAUUUAAAAACAGCUGGAAACAUUUUAAUUGCCUGUUUGGUUUGAACAAUUUGCUUUAGUUUCACCCUGUAGGAUUUUAAUUUGGCUGUAAAAUGAAGAUAGAAAAUAUAUUAGAUAAAUCCUCAUUGCUGUCACGUUUUCCACACCGUGUUAACAAUGGCUACACAUUGUAAUAUGUUUGUUUUUUUGCUCUUUGAAUACUUACAGUAUUAACAAAGUGUUGAGGUUAGGUAAAUUAAUCAAAGCAUACUCUCAUAGUAAAGUGCCUGUGGCAUAAAAUGUUUAAAUUCAAAAUGUCAUGGCAUCAAUUUAAGAGUGCAGCAUCACCUUUCAGCUCUCAAGAGGAGUGCUGAUAAAACAGACAUUUUAUUAUGCCAAUAUUAGGCUUCUCCACUGUAUGUCUGAGAUGGUUUUCUUCUGAGAAAAGGUAACAUUGUUGUAGAAGUGUAACUUCCUCCAUUAAGUAGACACCGAUAACGACUGUAGUACUCAUACUGUCUAAUCUCAGGUUUUUAUGAAACAGUUUUCUUAGUGAAUGUAAGGUAUCUAAAGUCAAACCGUAUCUAAGCUCCACAUCUUAAGGAAAAAUUAAACUUUAUUUGACAUGAUGCUCCUUUUGAAAACUUCAUUUAUAUGACAUUGUCUCAUCUCGACACCAGUUACUGGCAGAAUGAUAAAGCGUUAUGACAUUAGCGGCAUAAAAAUAUCAACUGAUAUCGAAAAGAAUUUCAUAGCAGCAAGAGGGAUUUGUAGAAAUCAUUAUCUAUAAAACGCUAGCAGAUGUCCAAACAUCAUUGAGUCAAAUCUGUGUAAAUAAAGUGCUAAGGAUGCUAUGCUUCUCUAUGUGCUCUCACAUAUCUGAAGAAGGCAAAAAAGAUAAUCUUUUUUGGCAACUGAAGCAAAAAAAUAAACAGGACCCAUGAUUUCUUCACAAAUCACGUCAAGCAUUACAACCAGAUAUUCAAACAUUUUGAGACAUCCCACUACUCAAAGUCAUGUUCCUUGUCUUGAAUCUAAAGCUCUGUUUCAUUUAGAUUUAAAGGCCUACAAGGUGAGCAUGGAGUGGAACAUACAGCAGGCACAUAAUGCUCCACACAUUUCCAGAUUCGAGGCCCACUAAUCCUGUGUACUGGCAGAGCAAAGGGCAUGUGCACAUGUCAAAUCAUCAGUGAACGCUGAUGCAUUGUAAUGAAGCCUUCUCUCACCCAAAGGUUGAGGAAAACAUCAAGUUUAUCCUUUGUGACCUUAAUCAUCCCAACCUGAUUAUAUGCACCAGCUUGCUUGUCUCUAUGAAACCAAGGGCCGGGACUUCGUGGUAACACUCAAGUGAAAUGAAAACUAACGACUCUCCUCGGGUUGAGCUCGGUGAGGGGAGUUCACUUCCCCAAAGACUUGAUGGGCGUGGCGUCAAUAUAGCGCUGUGCCCCAGCAGCUUUUGGAUGCAACACAAUAGCGCCAUCCUCUCUUGACUGUUGCUUGGCGAAAUUCACAAACACCUGCAGGGAUGUCAAAACAUCAAAAAUAUAUUAAGGGUCUGUUUAAAGCAGAUGGACAUCAGACAUCUAAUGAGGAAAAAGAACAAGGAUAUGAUAAAUGAAUUAUUCUCAGGUAGGCAAACUUUUCAUAACCUUGUGAUCAUUUAGAGUUCAAAUCUGGAAGAAAAAAGUAAAAAUAGUACGCACAUGUAAAAUGUUCAAAUGAAACGCAUUACUGUAUUAUUUAUUGCCUGCAUUAUUUCUUUCAUUAUUACUAUUAUUAAUUGGUGCUCAUUGCAGAUGUGGUCACUAAUAACAUUAUUACAUCUGUAAGUUAUCCCUAUUAAUAUUGUCAUUAUAACAACCAGCCUGACAGUGCUUCAACACAACAGUUUUUUUUCCUCUCCACUAUCACUGUGGAAACUGUUUGGUUUCUCUCUGUGACAUUGUUAACUCUUGUGCUUACGAUGUAAAGGGCCUUGAGAUCAUAUACAUUGUGAUUUGGCGCUAUAUCAAUGAAAUUAUACUGAAUUAAAUUCCCAUUUUCUGACUA